GACUUCAUAUUUCUUAAUUCUUACCGAGAAAUUUCAGUAGCUAAAUUGUUGGCUUUCUUCUCGUACUCUUAAUCUUUCUCUCAAACUGGUAAGGUCAUACAACUGAUAUCACAACCCAAUUGUCACCCUUCAGUAUAUAGUAGAAGUACAAGCAAUUCAUCGGCUGACAACCCUAUAACUCGCUAAAAUUCCGCCAUUUUUCUAAACUUCAUUUGAAGUUUUUGUGAUUUGUAAUGGUGUUGCUAUCAACUUGGUAUUGAUUUUUCAAUUGGGGAAAAAUCAUCUUCAAUGUUGUGUGCAAUUUCAGCUGCAUAUACUCUCAUUCAAUAUCCUAAAAAUACCCAUUUCAGAGCAAAUCGGUUUGCCCCAUCUACUUUUCGGGUUUCAGCUGUUGCUUCUUCAUCUUCAUUGGACUCAAAAGCUACAAACUUGGAGUACACCCCUUGGCUUAUUGUGGGUUUGGGUAACCCUGGAAAUAAGUAUCAUGGCACUCGACAUAAUGUGGGCUUUGAGAUGAUUGAUAAAAUUUCUCAGACAGAGGGGAUUUUGUUGAACACUAUACAAUCAAAAGCCUUGAUAGGAAUAGGUUCAAUAGGAGAUGUUCCAAUUCUCCUGGCCAAACCUCAAGCAUAUAUGAAUUACAGUGGAGAAUCGGUUGGACCUCUGGCUGCAUAUUACAAAGUACCUUUGCGCCACAUCUUAUUGGUCUAUGACGAGAUGUGCUUGCCUAAUGGUGUUUUAAGACUUCAGCUGAAAGGAGGACAUGGUCAUCACAAUGGAGUUAAGAGUAUCAUGGGACACUUAGACGGACGGAAGGAGUUCCCUCGGUUAUGCAUAGGUAUUGGGAAUCCACCGGGAAAUAUGGAUAUGAAAGCUUUUCUUUUACAAAAGUUCAGUUCUACUGAACGAAAACGGGUAAUCAAUCUUUCAAUUUUCUCGCAUGCAGAUUUGAGAACUCGAAUCGAUGCUGCUUUGGAACAAGGUGUCGAGGCUGUGAGGACCCUCGUGCUUAGCGGAUUCAGUGACAGUGUUACGAGAUUUAAUCUUGGCCAGAAAUACAAGUAUCACAAAGUCUAAUUAAAGAAGAUGGUCAAUAUCUCCGAAUUAUUUGCCGAAUUAUUUGCACAGCUGCCCAAGUCAUAGUGACCAAGCCGUGAAGCAAACAUAGAUUUUGGUGCCUCGGCCAGUUCUCACAGGAUAUGUUCCUUGAAUUUUACGUUGAUCUUGGAAAAAGCUCGAAUUAUGUUGGUUUCAAAUAACUAUUGUCGAAUAAACACAUGAACGAUGAAAUAUUCAGAGCAUUUUAUUUUAGCAUGUUGGUUUGUCAAUUACUGUUAAUUGAUACUUGACAUAAAAAGAGCUAAAAAUAGUAAUGUAAAAAAAACAUAUAAAGAACAUACAAAAUGACAAAAUUUAUGUCGGGUUGUGCCUAGCAGAUUGUCCCUUCAUGUCA